GAAUUGAUGAAAUUGGAACGUAAACGUCAGUCUUGCACGAAAUUACAAAGAUAAGAUUUUUGUUUUGUGGAGAAAUUAAAAAGUCUCAGUAUUAAUAUUUAUUAUUUUAUUGUUUAAAUAGGCUUCAUGUUUUGUAGAAACGUGUAAAAGCUAGAUUUUACGAGUUGAAGACCAUAAAAAAUGAAUGCUACUAUUCAGGAAAUAGAGGGCAUAGACGAUUACUGGGGCCCGGCUUUCCGAUCGGUGUACGAAGGUGAAGGGCAUGAGGCCUUCGUGCAGCAGCUUGACGAGCGCAUCAAACAACAUGACAAGGAGAUUGAGAAACUGUGCAAUUUUCACUAUCAAGGCUUCAUUGACUCAAUUCGUGAGUUGUUGCAAGUUCGCUCCCAUGCUGAAGAGUUGCAUGCUGACAUAUCAAAUGUGGAUGCUAAUGUUAAGGAGACUACUGAGGGUCUAUGUGUGAGAGCUGAGGAACUGAUCAGGGCUCGGCGAGUGGAGCUGAACAUAGCCGCUACCAUAGAGAAGAUGGAAUUGUGUCUACCUCUCCUUACCACUUACUCCAAGCUAAAGACACAAGUGGAGGCAAAGAGGUAUUACCCAGCGUUAAAGACAUUGGAGCAGUUAGAACAUGUACUGUUGCCUCGAGUAGGUCCAUACACAUGGUGCACGCAAAUAUCGUCCGACAUACCGCGUCUCAGGCAGGACAUACGCGACGCUUCCAUGGCGGAUCUUAGGGACUUCCUUGAGAACAUACGCAAACUAAGUCCUCAGGUGGGAACAAUGGCUUUGAAGCAAACUCAGGAUAUGCUUGGCAGGAGUUUGGCAAAUAUUGUCAAAAAUAAAAAAGACAAAGCAACAUUAGGUAUCACAGCAAAAGAGAACACAGGACCACAGUGUCCGCACGAAUUAGUCGAUUUCAGCCCUUUGCACAGAUGCCUGCACAUUCACACUGUGUUGGGAGCCAAGAAUGACUUCAUACAGUAUUAUAGAUCUCAACGCAAACAACAAGCCCGUCUUGUCUUAAUACCUGCAUCAGCAAACCUUCACGACUCCAUUCAGAGCGUGAAGAACUAUCUGAACGCCGUGCUUGGUUUCUUCAUACUAGAAGAGCAUCUGCUAAGUGCUGGAGCAGGGCUGGUGUCGAAGGACUGGCUUUUGGAACUGUGGAGUAUGUCAGUGACGAAAGUAGCUUCAACAUUGAGGACAAAUACAUCACUGAUCACCGAUCCAACGUUGAUGUUGAGCAUCAAACAUCAGAUUAUGUUGUUUAUAAAUACACUCAAAUGUUACGGUCUUCCGACGGAUCCUCUACCAACACUGUUACAAGAGAUGGCGGAACACUACACUGAAGUGUUGAUGCAGAGAUGGGUGGUUGUGUUUAGAGAUAUAUUGGAUAAUGCUUCGUUUCUACCUAUUGAGGUUGAAAAUCAAGAGCAAUACGAUGGCGUGAUGGACACAUUUCCUUACGACGGUGAAGAAUUGGAAUCACAGCCGUUUCCGAGAAAGUUCCCGUUCUCGUCGGUGGUGCCGGCGGUGUACGUGCAGGUGAAGGAGUUCAUCUACGCGUGGCUGAAGUACUCGGCGGGCGUGGGGCUGGGCGGCGAGCGGCGCGCGGCGGCGGCGCGCCAGUCGGCGUCGCUGCUGCUGAGCCGCUCCUUCACCGGCUGCCUGUCCGCGCUGUUCCGCCGCCCGCUGCCGCUCGUGCAGCUCGUGCAGAUAAUAGUGGACACUCAGUAUUUGGAGGACGCUACCGUGUGUUUGUAUGAGUUCAUCAGUAACAUUACCGGAUCAGAGCUCGUGACCACACAGGCCGCUGGGAGCAUGUUCCAAGCGGCGCGAGACGACGCCGAGCAACAGAUCUGCGACAAACUCGAGAAAAAAGUCGACGAGUUUCUCGACUUGGAGAAUUAUGACUGGCUUUUGGUGGAGCCGACAGGGCUGGCGUCCUCAUUCGUCACGGACAUGUUGAGUUAUCUCUCUGGAGUUCUGACCUCGCUGGAGCAACUGCCUGAGAGGGCAAGAGUGGCAGCAGUCCGCGCGGCCACCAACCGCAUCGCGACGCGCCUGCGCAACCUGCUGCUCGACCCCGCCGUCAAGCAGAUCUCCUCCGGCGCGCUCAACCAGCUCAACCUCGACGUCAUACAGUGCGAGCAGUUCGCCGCCGGCGAGCCAGUGCCUGGGCUGAAGGAGGGCGAGCUACUCGACCACUUCGCUAGCCUACGUCAAUUACUAGACCUGAUCACCGGCUGGGACUGGUCAUCAUACCUGCAUGACGUCGGCAUCGAAGGCGGCAAAUACGCAUUAGUAACACCCCGCGACGCCGCCACACUACUCGAGAAACUGAAAGAAGCUGAACAAAAAUCAUCCGUCUUCUCUGUUCUAAAGAAGAACGAGCGAGACAGACGAAAGUUGCUCGACACCGUCCUCAAACAAUUGAAGCAACUACAGAGCCAAGACUCGUGAAGAACAGCCUACCAGAACCCAUUGGCGCAGUGGUUGAACACCAAGCGUGGGGUUCUGGGCUCUAUGCCCGGGGGACAGGGUUGCUUAAUGUGUGUACCUUCGUUGUCAGGCGCGUAUCGGAGAUCGUCUUUGCAGAGUAAUUAAUUUUUCAAAUACCCUUGUGGAUUAAAUUUAUCACUUGAUUUUAAUUCCCAGGUAGAUUAAAUUGAUAACCGAUCUACGAUGAUACAUAUUGUAUAAUGAAAUAUAAUAUACAUAAUAUUAUUAGAUAGGUUAUGUAAAAUCAAGUUUUCGAUUGUGAAUCGAAUUAUUAUCAACCAGAAAGUCGAAAAUCUGGUGCGACGUCGAUGUUAAUAACGAACCCAAACGCUUUUUAUCGAUCCCGAAAAUGGCCCAAUCAGAAGUAAGUUAUUUAUCAUGCUUAAUAAUAAUAUUAACCCUGUAUUAUAUACUGUCCCACUGUUGGACACGGGCCCCCUCUACUACUGAGAGGGAUUAGGCCUUAGUCCACCACGCUGGCCUAGUGCGGAUUGGUAGACUUCACACACCCUCAAAAUUCCUGUAGAACUUCUCAGAUAUGCAGGUUUCCUCACGAUGUUUUCCAUCACCCUUAAAGCAAGCGAUAAAUCACAAUUUAAUAUUUAUUUUAACAAGCAUACAAAUGGCUUAUUUUGAUUGGUUCCAAAGGAAGAUCGAAUCGAUAAGCUUUGGAUUACUUAUUGAAAUCGGCCGUAAAAUUAUUCGCUGUUAUUGUUUCUUAUUAUGGAAUGUUACUACAGAGGGUCUACUUCGAAAAACGAAAUCCGUAGUUUCGGAUGACGGAUCGCACGUUUUGUUACUACGAAGUGUUACGCAUACGACGAUUAAUCCGAUCGGUUCAUCGCAAUAUUUCAGACAUGGAAUUUGAAGAAUUUAUAGCCUUUCGCCAUCCCUUUUUAAACUAUCUGCGAGGUUAAAGUUACACUGCUUUCUCCAAAAAAAAAAAAAAAAUAAAUACGGGGAAUUCAUAGGUUCUGUAGCUUACCUUAGUGGUAGGCCACUAAACUAAGCUACAAAACGGUGACGGAUCCGAAGUAAUUUGGUAGUAAAGUUAAAUCCGAAGUUCGACGUUUCUUCGUUUCGGACCGAUGUUUGGAUGUUCGUUUUUCGAAGUAGGCCCUUAGACAUCGGGACGUAAAAGUUAAAAUAAUAUCGCGAAGUCUUUUUCCACCGAUAUAGCAUAGUCUCAGCCAAGAGCGUCGUCAACCAAUGGCCCAGGGAGGGCAAGUUGAUAUGGAGAAUUAGAAAAGUAUGAAUUGUAGGUAAAGUCGAAUGCACAUGUUCCUCCCCAACUUUAACAAUAACAUAGGGCAGAGCGUAAUUGAGCGUACGGAAUAUUACGAAUGGAAUUGGUGAAUUCAUUCGAGUUUUAGAACCUCUAGGGGGGGGGGGGGGUCAGCUGCCCCUCGCUGUCCCCCCUUGGCGACGCCCCUGGUUUUAGCAUAGAACCAAUAUUUAAUAUUGUCACGAUCCCAUUGCAAUAUUGUAACUUGGAAUGUAAUUUUUGUAUGUAAUCAAAAAUCGUAUACUAUAAUAGAGGAACUAUUUUUAUUAUAAAAUAUGUUAUAAACGCUACUGAAUAUAAUGCAAUAAGGCUUGUAGAAUCUUACUAAACAGGGACUUUUUUGUUUUUAAUUUAUUGCAUCCAAUUUUAUGAAAUGAAAUGAUUUCUAAUCCAUACUAGUUAAUAUUGUUAGUGGGGAUAAAGUAAAGAAAUUUUGGAAUUAAAUAAAUAGUUGUGGAGAUGACUUACCUCUUUACAUCCAAACAUACAAACUUCACCACAUUUAUAUGAAUUGUAUAUAGUUAAAAGUAUUAUAUUUUGCCUAUUUACAUUGAAGCGUCCUUUCCGCGUUCAGCUUAAUCAAUUUUCAUUAUAUAUGGCGAUGUAGGGCUAAUAUUUAAUUAAUUUUCGGGAAAAGAAGGCUUUCUAUGUUCCAAAGAUAUCAGCUUUGAUUUGACAACACGCUGGGGGUUUAGCACCCAUGACACCUUCCUGAAUCCGCACCUGCAUUAUAGUUUAUACGACCUGAAUCAAUAAGUAAAUAUCAUUGUACAAUAUGCUUAGCCGUGUAGUGAUAGAAGAGCAUUUAUUGAAAUACAGUAUAGAAUAUAGAUGUUAUUUAUUCACCACUGAAAUAAAUUAUUUUGUAUACAGA